AUGUGCGCUUGUAGAAAAGCAGGGCAUACACGCGAUGCAACCUCGACGUCUGUGAUAAUAUUCCAGACAGGUCUGGUGGCAAGAACAAGAGUUUACCGACGGCUGAGAACAGGGUCAUAUGAGAAAAAGGCGAAUAUAGGAAAUGGCCGCGUGAACACUCAGCUCUCCAUGGAUGAUGAUGAAUCUCAUCUUGGGCCCAGAUCUUGGGCCCCGACACGUCAGUGUGUAUUCUCAAAUAUGGUUGCAUUCAAGUCGACGCUGCUGUUGCUCAGCGCAGCAAGCACCGUUUUCGCGUUGCCUGCCAGCACUAAGAACCCUGAAUACGGUAUCAAUGGCGAGCUCGUAGACUCGGAUGUCGACAAGAGGUCAAACUAUUACGCCCCUCCAUACGCAGUCUGCAACUCUCGUGACCAGAAUUAUCGGGCCUUGAAGAACAACCAGGCAAAGGGAUCAGCUUUCUGCUCUGCCUACCUUCGCACUACCAAGACCAAGACGGUGACCCCCGUUGUUCGCAAGACCACCACCAAAACAACCACCAAAGUCGCCACGGUCCAGAAGACCGGCACUGUCACAACCAAGGCUUCGUACACUGUCACAGCCAAAGCGACGAGAACGGCCCAAGCCACCGUCACAAAGAUUCGCACUAACCAAGUUACCGAUACCACCACCAAAAAGGUCACGGGCACUUUCACAAACAAGGUCACCAGGACGGCUACAGCUCAGAUUACAGAAACUGUGACAGAACAAGUCACAGACAGCAUGACGGAGCAGAUUACCAGCACUGCCGCUAACACCAUCACGAAUACCGUCACAAAGAUAGUCACGAGCACCAAAACCGAUGAGAUCACGAACACGGAUUCGUCCACGGUUACCCUAACCUCUACAGCGGACACUCCCACGGCGACUGUCAGCCAAGAGUACCACUGCGCUAUCAAUGGCUUUGGAACUAGCGCCUACAGUGUUGGUCAGACCAGUAACAGCGGCAUCAACUUUGACACCUGCAAAGCGUACUGCUCUGCCAUUUCCAGCGCCGUCAGCUUCGGUUUUGGUUCUGGUAUGUGCGCUUGCUACAGCCAGUCAGCGAAGGUCAAUGCUAGACCGCAAAGCUCUCAGACGGCAUACUAUUUCUACGACAUGGCUUGUCCCACUGCCAAUCAGCCUACCAAGCGAGACUUGACCAAGCGUGUUCAAGUCCCUGCAUAUCUGCCACGCCACAAUCCCCGCGAAGUGAGCAGCGCCUGUUCGUGUCUCGUUACCAAGCCGCCUGCUCCAGCCACUACCACCGUUACUGCCAAGUAUCCCAAAACGGUGGUGUCUACGGUGGUCAAGUGCAAGACAGUGACGACGACGAAGCAAAGAACUAUUACCGUCACUGAUCGCAAGAUCUACACGGCUACCAGCUACGGAACUGUGACCAACACAAACUACAAGACGAUCACAGUAACAAAUCGCAACACCGCCACAGCCACCAGCCCGGUUACUGUAACGGCCACUCAGUACAUCACCGUCACUGUCACGAACCGUAACACUGCUUACGCCACCAACUACAAUACGGCCUACUUCACCAAUGUCAACACGGUCUCCAGCACGGAUACUGUAGUUGCUACUACCACAAGAACGGAUUACGUCACAAUCACCCAGUAUGAUACGGUAACGAAUACUGCUGUGGCCUAUGCUACGGUGACUCCUGAUACUGUUACUGUGACGCAGGGAACCACCUACAUCUAUGGGUCCUGA